CAUGAUGUACAGAUGUGUUAAAAUGCAUCAUGGGAGCCAUACAAACCACACAAAGGCACUCAGAGCACAUGAAUCCACAGCUCCUGUUGGGUGGCUUGUAUGGGAAACAGAGCAAACCCCGCCCACUCCGCUGGUACUGGUGCAGCCCCUCCCAGGCCGCCUGUUUACUCGGAGUGGCGCCCCGUCACUCGCAGCUCCCUGCAUGCUUUGCGCGCGCGGGCGGAAGUUCCUGCAUCACGCUCAUUGGAGUGCAUUGGGGGAGAUGCAGUUCGCCAGCGGAUGAAUCUAGCGCCUCUGAUCACCUGUUACUCCGUGAAAAACCGCGCAUCCACAGCGAUUACUUUCAGUGACUUGCUAUUCAGCAUUAAUUCUCUCAGCGGACUUCCCCUGUCACGCUUCGGCUAACGACGCCCGGAGCCUCCAGCUGUCCGUAAGGAUCAGUAAAAAGUAUAUUUAUCGAGAGCAUGUAGGCAGCAGAUGCCCCACAGCCCGCUGUCUGCCUGUGUCUCAUCAGAGGGAACUGCGCACUGGGUGGAGCUGGCACUGUGCACCCAGGUGGCAGACGCUUGCUGGACCUCCAUUCAAGGCGGUGCCGCCAUGAGGACCUGAGCCGGCUGGAGCGUCGCUGAGUCUGCGCCUCGCUUGCUGCCCGCCCGGCACUGCCCGUCCUGCGUGGACCGCCCACGCGGCAGCCAUGGAGUGGUCCCUGGAGGGGGUGCGGGGGCUGGUGGCAGGCGGCAUGCAAUCGGUGCGGGAGUGUGAGUCCAGUGCCCUGGGCACAGGACUUUGUCUCCUGCUGCUCUUUGUCUGGUACUGCUACCGCGUGGGGCGAGAGCACGGCUCCCCCCCGCCGCUACGUGGGGGCUAUGUCAGCGAGUCGGGCCGUUUGGUGGCGGGAGGUGGCCCCCGGAUGGCACUGGGUGGCUCUGAGGCCGGGGGGGGCAGGGUGAAGGGGAGGCCGGCCGGCAGUGCAGAGGAGCAGAAUGGAUUCGCCUACUGCCAGUCGGCAGAGUGCUUCCGCUGCGCCCACCCCGGCGAGGGCCUGAACCAGCGGCUGUACCACAGCUUGCAGGACUACGCCAAGCGCUACACCUGGGCCGGCAUGGGCCGCGUGCACAAGGGCGUGCGUGAGCAGGGCCGCUACCUGAGCAGCCGCGCCUCCAUCCAGAAGCCGGAGGUCUUCUUCCUGCCUGACUUGCCCUCCGCACCCUUCUUCUCGCGCGAGGCCCAGAAGCAUGACGUAGAGCUGCUGGAGCGGAGCUUCCCAGCACUGCUGGCCGAGUUCCAGAGCGUGUACCAACAGGUGCCGGCACGGACCGGCGUGCAGCUGCCGUCUGGCUGGAAGGCCAACGGCACGCCCCGCGGCCAGUGGUGGACCUUCUACCUGGUGAACCAGGGCACGCCCCUGGCCCGCAAUGCCCGCCGAUGCCCACGCACCUGGCGUGUUCUGGGCCAGCUGCGUACCUUCAUCGCCAACAACGUGUUCGGUAACGCCUGCUUCUCCGUUCUGAACCCCGGCACUCUGGUCACUGAGCACUACGGACCCACCAAUGUGCGCCUGCGCUGCCAUCUGGGUUUGAAGGUGCCCCCUGGCUGCGAGCUCGUUGUUGGGGGGGAGCCCCAGUGCUGGUCUGAGGGGAGCUGCCUCCUAUUUGAUGACUCCUUUCUGCACACUGCCUUCCACGAGGGCAGCGUGGAGGACGGGCCCCGGGCUGUCUUUAUGGUGGACCUCUGGCAUCCCAACGUGGCGGCUGCUGAGAGACAAGCACUGGACUACAUCUUCACCCCUGGCCGCUGAGGGGAGCAGGGGGGGUGAGGGAGAGGGGGUGAGAGAGAGG